ACACAAACUUGAGUUUCCUUUACACUUCCUGGCUGCUGGCAUACAGGACUUGUGUCACUUCAGCUUCAAGUGGGCAUCUUUCAAAAAGAUUAGGUGAGAAAAAAUGGCUAAUGCAUUUGCACGUCUCCUGCUUGGUCGAAGAACUGCUGUUUUAGUUGCAACAGUCAGUACUGGAGCUAUGGCUACUGGAUACUUUUUAAAUCAGCAAAAUGUGAAAGCUGAAAGUUUUGGACAUAAGAAAUUAUUUCCUCCCAGUGCAGACUACCCUGAUCUUCGCAAACAUAACAACUGCAUGGCGGAGUGCCUCACUCCAAACAUCUAUGCCAAACUGAGGGAUAAGAUGACCCCCGGAGGCUACACACUGGAUCAGUGCAUCCAAACUGGUGUUGAUAAUCCUGGACACCCUUUCAUUAAAACAGUGGGCAUGGUCGCAGGAGAUGAAGAAUCCUAUGAGGUAUUUGCUGAGAUUUUUGAUCCUGUUAUCAAAGUAAGACAUAAUGGAUAUGACCCCAAACUAAUGAAGCAUCGUACUGACUUGGAUUCUUCAAAGAUUGCCCAAGGACAAUUUGAUGAGCGUUAUGUUUUAUCCUCCCGUGUACGCACGGGACGAAGUGUUCGUGGCCUGAGCCUCCCUCCCGCCUGCUCCAGGGCAGAGAGAAGAGCUGUUGAAAACGUUGUUGUCACUGCCUUGUCUGGGCUGAAACAAGACCUUGCUGGAAAAUAUUAUAGCUUGACAACUAUGUCUGAAAAGGAGCAACAACAGCUAAUUGAUGACCAUUUCCUAUUUGAUAAGCCAGUUUCCCCUUUGUUAACGUGUGCUGGAAUGGCCCGUGACUGGCCAGAUGCCAGAGGAAUAUGGCACAACAAUGAUAAAACAUUCCUCAUCUGGAUCAAUGAAGAGGAUCACAUUAGGGUGAUCUCCAUGGAAAAAGGCGGCAACAUGAAGCGGGUUUUUGAAAGAUUUUGUCGUGGAUUGAUAGAGGUUGAGAGGUUAACUAAAGAACAAGGAUGGGAAUUUAUGUGGAAUGAACAUUUAGGAUUCAUCCUGACCUGUCCAUCUAAUCUAGGCACUGGAUUACGUGCAGGAGUUCAUGUUAAACUUCCAAAACUUAGCAAAGAUCCCAGGUUUUCAAAGAUCCUGGAAAACCUGAGACUUCAGAAGCGUGGCACAGGUGGAGUUGAUACAGCGGCUGUAGCAGAUAUAUAUGAUAUUUCCAACCUAGAUCGCAUGGGCCGAUCAGAGGUGGAACUUGUUCAGUUAGUCAUUGAUGGCGUGAACUAUAUGAUUGAUUGUGAAAAGAAGCUGGAGAGAGGUCAAGACAUCAAGAUACCACCACCGCUGCCUCAGUUUGGCAAGAAAUAAAACUGCUUCCAGUUAUAAGCUGAUUGAAAAUAUGUCUAGGGGGUGACUAUGUAUUCUGUGUUGCUUUAUAAUAUUAAAGAGAAAUAUGGACAUUUUUCCUCAAAUAGGUACCUAUUAAUCAGGGUGUUGGACAGGUUUGCUGAGAAGAAGACAAGAACGUAAGAUACGAAAAUGUGCAGAAUACAAAUGGUUAUACAUAUCACUGCUGAAGAGUAGGGUUGCAUUUGAAGAUUAGAAGUCUUGGAGCAUUUCCAUGUGAAGUUUAAUUUCUUUUAAAGUAUACAUAUUUCUUUAUUUUCCUUUCUCCAACUAUUUCUUCCAAUGUCCUGAUUCCAUUCCUUUUGUUCACAUUUUCAUCUUUCCUUAAUCCUUCCUCUUACCCAGCUCCAUUCCCCCGUCUUUUUUUUUUUUUGCUGUUUCUGGACACCAAUAUGCUUGACAGAGUGUAGUUUGUGCACAUUAAUUUGAAUGGUUGUUAUAGAUAUAUGGGAG